AUGUCUGACGGCGGUGAUAUUGAGGUCGAGAACACUGUUCUCUCCGACGUCCUCCCCAAGGAUGUCGUCAAGGAGGUCGGCAACGUCAAGCUCUUCAACAAGUGGGACUACGAUGUCGAGGUCCGCGACAUCUCCCUCACUGACUACAUCUCCCUCCGCAACCCCGUCUACGUCACGCACUCUGCUGGCCGAUACGCUGUCAAGCGAUUCCGCAAGGCUAACUGCCCCAUCAUUGAGCGUCUGACCAACUCUCUGAUGAUGCACGGCCGCAACAACGGAAAGAAGCUCAUGGCCGUCCGCAUUGUCGCCCACGCUUUCGAGAUCAUCCACCUGAUGACCGACCAGAACCCCAUCCAGGUCGCCGUUGACGCCAUUGUCAACUGCGGUCCCCGCGAAGACUCUACCCGUAUCGGCUCAGCUGGUACUGUCCGCCGUCAAGCCGUCGAUGUGUCUCCUCUCCGCAGGGUCAACCAGGCCAUCGCCCUCCUCACCACCGGUGCUCGCGAGGCCUCUUUCCGCAACGUCAAGUCUAUCGCCGAGUGCCUGGCUGAGGAGCUGAUCAACGCUGCCAAGGGUAGCAGCAACUCAUACGCUAUCAAGAAGAAGGACGAGCUGGAGCGUGUGGCAAAGAGCAACCGAUAA